AUGGCCAAUUGUAUUCUGCGUGGUUCACUGUCGAAGCCAGCAAUGGCUUUCGCGCGUACUCUCGUGGCCAGCCAAUCCCUGCCGAAGGCUCCCUUUUUCACGGCCACCUUGCUGACGCCGGUACGUAAACCGCAGAUGUUCUCCGCCACCGUACGUAACUUUGCCGUUUCGCCUGUACGAUGUUCGAGCGGUGGCAGUCACGUUACGCUAUGGAAUGCCGAGCGUGCCUUGUCCCUGGCCCUGCUGGGUGUGAUUCCGGUUGGGUUAAUGUUCCCAUCGCAGGUCGGCGACUCCCUGAUCGCCGUGAGCAUUGUGAUGCAUCAGCAUUGGGGGUUGGAAGCUAUCGUGACGGACUACGUGCGUCCAAUUCUGUUCGGAACGACCGUACCGAAGCUUGCCCAUGGCCUUUUGCUCGUCGUGUCUGCUGCCACGCUCGGUGGUCUGUUCUAUUUCAACUAUAACGAUAUCGGGAUUGCAGGCGUCGUCCGUAAAAUCUGGUCUACCAAAGCGAAGGAAUAG